CAAUGUCGUUCUUUCUUACACAAUCCAAUUCUGCGUAGUUUACGCGGUUUCCCUCAUUAUAGUCCAUUAAAAUAACCGUCCUUGAAGGAUACGGUUCUAUAGAAACGCUGUAAAUAUGAUAGCGGGUUAAACGCGAAACAGUGUGAGCAUUUUUACUUUUAAGACUAUUCUGCUGUUAAAAAACACCGUCUGGGAAAAAGUAUUGUAUAUUGCUUCACUAGAUCAAACUACUUCUCUCAGUUAGAACUGCGCAGGUAAGCCUAUUCGGUUUGGAAUAAGAUUGAUGAAACUUACAUGGGGAUACGGAAUAUUUAGUGGAGUUCUCUAGGGAUUAAAAGUGAUUCGGAUGAUGUCAUGUGUCUGGAAAAUAAUACAUGAUGCGGCCAAAAAGAAAUGGAAAGAUCCCGCGUCACUUGCGGUGUUGGUAUUCGUCCCACGUUAAAUCAUGUCUUAUAAUUUCAAUGAACGGGCUUCCCUUCACUCACCCUGCGUUGCAGGCGGACAGCUCCUCCCGAAUAUAAAAAGCUCAAAGGGUGACCAUCCUCAGAUAUUUCAUCAACCUGUUGUCUUGGUGGAAUUUAUUGAACUUGCGUGGUUACAAGCAAGAAAACAGACGUUGCUCACUUUAGUGGCUUUGAACCCAAGGCAAGUGCUCCACAUCAGAAGGUAAUUCGAGGAGAUGCAUUCCGUAGUGGUCGUGGUAUUUGUGCUGCUCAGCGGCAAAGCGCUGGUUCAAGGUGGCCCGUGCGAGCCCGUCAGAAUCCCUAUGUGUCAUUCCAUGCCUUGGAACAUCACCCGGAUGCCCAAUCACCUGCAUCACAGUACCCAGGAAAACGCCAUCCUUGCAAUCGAGCAAUACGAAGAACUGGUGAACACUGAAUGCAGCACUGAUUUGCGCUUCUUCCUAUGUGCAGUGUAUGCGCCCAUAUGCACGAUCGAGUUCAUGCACGAUCCCAUUAAACCCUGCAAGUCACUGUGCCAAAGAGCCCGCGACGGUUGUGAGCCUAUAAUGAGGCAGUACAAUCACAGCUGGCCGGAGAGCCUGGCGUGCGAUGACCUGCCGGUGUACGAGAGAGGUGUGUGUAUCUCCCCGGAAGCGAUCGUCACAGAAUUACCUGAAGAUGCGAAGUGGGAUGACAUUUUUACACAUUUGUUGUUAGGAGCAGAUCGCGACUGCACAGACUGGACACCAGAUUGUAACUGCAAAAAGAUUAAGCUAACAGCAGGUACAUAUUUGGAAAGAAAAUACAGCUAUGUUAUUCGUGCCAGUUUUAGAGAAGUCCGAAUGAGCUGCAAUGACAAUACAACUAUAGUGGAAGUGAAGGAGAUAUUAAAGUCAGCAAGCCCGAUCAAACAUGGUCCUGUUAACUUGAUAACAAAUUCAUCCUGUCCAUGUCCGGAACAUCUGCCUAAAGAGGAUGCACUCAUAAUGUGUUAUGAGUUGGACUCUCGACUGAUGCUGCUUGAAGAAUGUGUUGUUGAAAAGUGGCACAACAAUUUCAUAAUGAAGUUUAAGCGUUUUGAACAAAGACUACAAGAGCAGCAGCGAGGUAGUCAAAAUAAAAAUGCUCCUCGUAGUGGACGCAACCCAAAAAUUAUUAUGAAGGGAACACACUCAGACCCUGGUAAUCCCAAAAGAAAUAACAAAAACAAAAAUAAUCAAAAGCCUGCAAAAACAAGGAAGCAAUGAGUACAAUAUGUGGAGGAAAAUGUGGGACUUUAUUGCAUGAUGGGGCUUCAAAAACUGGCAUGAAAAACCAGCAUCAGUCCAUCAAUAUGGCUUGCAGUGCUCUAAUUUUGUUUCCUGCUGCUUUUUAAAUUACUGCCACUGACUGUGGUUUUCCACAUUUAUAUUCCAUAUAUCAAGUUUUUCUUGAUUUAAUAACCAGUAACAACAUAUUAUCUGCAAAUUGACAUAAUGACAACAUCAGGCUGAUAGCAUAUUCAUAAUUUUUACUCAAUCCUGUGUGUUAGAUAAACAUGGAAAAUCUCUCUAAGACCGUUUAAAUAAUGUCAUUAAUUGUCUCAACCUAAUUGUACACUUCAGAGGAAAUUGUUUUCCUUUAUAUAAAAAAAGUCUUCAGCAUGGACAUGACGGUAGUGGGAAAUGAACACAAGCAAACAAUUAAAGAAACAAAGUGAUGACUACUUUACAGUGUGUUCUGAAACAAAUGGUACGUGUCCAGUACUGCCAGAUUUCAGAUCAGGCUCUCUCUGACUCAAUAAAAAUGAAAGAGUAAAUAAUAAAGUUUUGAAUUUUAUAUUUAUCAUUAAGGUAAAUCUUCCAAAAUACUGUAUUAGAGUUCUUGACUAACUUUUGCAUUUACGUCAAAAAUAUAUGUAAUAGUACACAUGUUUAAUGAAAAAUAAAAGUGACACUUUCUGUAAUUACAAAAACAAAUUAAAACUUUGGGCUGUAAUGAGUAUGUUGUUAGCCUACACUUAAAUCAUACAAAUAAUAAUUAAUUGAAAACUGUAUUGGUCUCAAAACGUCACCAAAGACUGACAAAAUUAUUUGGACAACUGAAAUUUUUGGUAAAUGCACAAAAUAUCAUGGUUUAAUAACCAAGAAAAGAAGUCCCAAAAUCCAUAAGCAUUAAAAGUUAAAAUGGCACUAUGAACAAGCAUGUGAUAAAUAUUGGUAAAAUACAAAAAAAAAUGUAUUUAUUUUGUCAAGUUGUCUGACACACACAAAUUGUGAAUAAAUGUUAAAAUCAGUUUCAGUGUUUUCAGAUACCUAAUUGGUUACCUUAGUAAAAUGCCUAAAUUACAACUGCUGUUGAAUGUUUGUGAAAUGCAGAAUUGGAGCUAAAGUCUUCAUUGACCACUUGGUGGUAAAAAAAUAAAAGAAAAAUAAAAGAAAAUGGGACUUGGAAAAAAUCUGGGAUCUAUGUAUCAUUAUUAUUUAGAAGUAUCCAAGUAUGCUAUGAAUAACAUUCUAAAAUGUUAUUAAAAGCACUAGAAUAUACAUGUAUGUUUUAAUAUUACAUUUUUUGAAAAAUUGUUUUAAAAAUAGGUUUCAAAUCCAGCAGCUGCUCAUUGUCUGAGUGAAUUUUACAAGUUCUCUUCUUGUUUUUGUAAGUUCUUCUCCAUGUACUAUGGCUUUUCUUUCAAAUCCCACAGACUUGCAAUAUUGAUUGGCUGUUGGCUAAUAUCCAGCUAGUUUAUUCUAAAAUGAUUGCACAUGAUUGCAUUAAUGGUUUCUGCAGUGAACUCUAAUGGCUCCUGCCUUGUGCCUUGUGUCCAGUGCUGCCAAUAAAGACUGUGAUCCACAUGACCUGAGCUGAAUCAAACAGGUUUGAGAAUGCUAUACUACUUUAAUUUACUUUACUAUUAUUACAGCAUAAAACACAAUUCCACUUAAAUGUUCAGGACAUAACAUACAAAUUAAAUAUACAGCUUACAUAAAUCAUAAUGCAAAAUUGCACAUGCAAAUUAACACAUGAUUCAUAAGGUUAUGUAAGACUCUGCAGUGUCUUCUGUCACAGGCAUAUGAUGACAAUUCCACAAGAAUACUAUGGAGUUUUUCUAAAGGAUCCAUUAUUGGCAGCAAUAUUCACUCCAAAGUGUAUAAUGUACAGGUGAAUUAAACCAAGAAGGGAGUGAGAAUGUCAGACAUAUUUAACAGUAGCUAGCCAAAACAUGUAAUACUAUUAAUAAAACACAGUAUGAAAGGCCUCAGCAGUUGCACUAACAAGCAAAGGCUAUGCUAAAAUAGUCUGUGUUCUGCCUUCAUUUAAAUGCUGAAACUGGUGGGACAAGUAAAACAUUCCUUAGUUUUGGGAAAAUGUAGUUCUAGUUGUAGUUAUGAUCUGAUCUGCCACAUUCUCAAAUAACUGAAGAGAAGCGAACAGUCUGAAAGUAAAGCAGUACAAUAUUCAAUUCUGUUUGACACAAUUAAAUAAACUAGCUUUUCAAGAUUCUGUACAUUAAGAAACUGGAUUUAUUUUGCUAAGUUUCAUAGCUGAAGAAAGUAGGACCUCUAUGAAGUAAUGAAUGUAAUGAUGGAAAAUGAAUUCAGCUUUAAAGACAACAACUGACGUUUAGGUGGCAUUAGCCGAAAAAGGUCAAUAAAGUUUGAUUUAUAAUUUAUCAGUAUAACCUUACUCUUUGAACAAUUUCCACUGACUAAAAAAAAAACUUUUGUUUUUCAUUAAGCCAGUUUUUAUUAAAGUUUGAUCAUUUUAACCAUUUUACAAACAAGAACAAGUGAAAUGGAUUCAGCUCCACCCAUUUAGCUUUUUUGCUUUAGCAAGUAGUUUAGCUGAGCCAUCUUCAUAUCCACCUGACAUUUAAUACACCUCAAUGAAGGUUGCCUCUUUGACUACAUGACUUUGUUCCAGAUUCUCAUGAUUUUUUGCAUGAAGAAGCGCUUCUCUUUUAUAUCAUCUUCCUCUUUUAUGUAUAUUUAUAAACUACAAAUAUAAACUGUUCAUUUCAAUAUACUGAAAAACUGUUUAAUCUUAUAUUUUUUGUAAAAUGUGUGUAUAAAACUGUAGGGUCACUUUUAUUUCAAAACACAUUUUCCCCUUGGUAUUCUUCUGUGAACAUUUACUUUUUUACAUUUUUAUACAAAUAUUACUGUAGUACCCAAGUCUUAAAAGCAUAAUCUGUGGAGUUUACAUUGGAUUUCAUUUAUAUAUUUUAUUCAGCUCUGACAAGUACUUCACAAUUAUGGAGACAGCAUAGUAGUAUAAAAUGUUUCAUAAGAAGCAGCUUAAUUAUAUGUCAUGUCAAUUUAAUUUCAAAUCUCUGUUUGAAUCAUAUUGCUAAGAGUAUUUUUAUAAACUAAUUAAAAAUAAAAGAAUGGUUACAAAAACACA